AUGAGGGUUAGUUUAUUGUGGGCGUCAUGUCCUGUAAUAGAGCAGAAAACGCUGUUCAUACUUGGUUGUAAAAGCGUCACAACCGAUCCAGGGCUCAAUCUUGUUUCUCAGCUGCUCACAGGUGAUAAUUAUUCUUCUUGGAGUCGAGCUGUAACAAUUUCCUUAACGGUCAAAAACAAGUUAGGGUUUCUUACCGGGGCGAUUCCCUGUCCAAUUGAAGCUGAUGAUCCAGCUACUCAUAAUGCUUGGGUCCGUAAUAAUCAUAUGGUGUUCUCUUGGCUUCUCAAUUCAAUUUCUAAGGAGAUUCAACCCAGUGUCAUAUAUUCUAGUUCUGCCACCGAGGUUUGGGAGGAUCUCAAAUCUCGAUUUCAACAAGGCAAUGGUCCUCGUAUGUUUCAAUUGCGCAGAGAAUUGGCCAACUUAGCUCAAGACAAUGAUUCCGUUACAGUUUAUUAUACAAAACUCAAGGCAAUCUGGGAUGAACUCACUAAUUUUCGGCCUUCUUGUACAUGUAAUGCUUCAGCUCAAUGUACUUGUGGUGGAAUUUUGAAGGUGGCUGAUCAUUUCAACAUGGAGUAUGUCAUGUACUUCCUUAUGGGACUCAAUGAGUCUUUUCAACAUACAAGAAGCCAAGUCUUGCUCAUGGAGCCUCUGCCUCCUAUUUCUAAAGUUUUCUCUCUCAUGGUCCAAGAAGAAAGGCAGAGAUCUGUUUCUCACAAUGGAUCAUUUCAAAUGCAGCAAAAUAUGACAAUGCUUGCCAGAAAUGUGUCAAGUCAAAAUGGCCAACAAAGGAAUUUCAAUCCCGCAUCUAAUCCUUUUGUCAAGAAGAAGGAUAGGCCUUAUUGUACCCACUGCAAUUUCAAUGGCCACACUAUUGAAACAUGUUACAAACUCCAUGGCUAUCCAAAUGGUUACAAGUCCAAGAAAUUUCAACCUUCUCAAUCCAGAGGCAACAAUGUUAAUCAGGCCUCUGUCAUUGUGGAAGAUCCUUUUGUUUCUCAGUCUUCGUCUGAUAAAACACAAGAGAGUGUGGAUUCCCUACUUCAGUCACUCAGCACCACUCAGUGCCAACAGCUCAUGAGUUUAUUCUCUUCUCAUCUUUCGGGUACAGAUAAUUCUCAGCACAUUCACUCACAAAACAAUCAUGUUACUUGCUGUGUUACAGGUGCUGCUGCAGCAGGUAUUCUUGUCCCUCUUAACCACACUAGUUGGAUAGUUGAUUCUGGAGCUUCUCGACACAUCUCUAAUGAUAAGUCUUUGUUCUGUUCUUUGAGAUCCAUACAACAUGCUUCCGUUACCUUGCCUGAUAAUAGUUCUUUCCAAGUGCAUUUUAUAGGCGAUAUUAAAUUGAAUAAAAUUGUGUUGCAUAAUGUAUUCUACAUUCCCGAUUUCAAGUUUAACUUGUUAUCUGAUGCCUUCCUGAAGAUGAUUGGCAAGGGUAGAAAAGUGGAUGGUUUAUACGUUCUUGACGUUGCACAUGACGAGUCACCUGCUCUUUCUGAUUCUUCUCUUUGUAAUUUUGUUUCUGCUUCAACAUGGCAUAAUAGAUUAGGCCAUUUAUCCAAUAAAACUCUUGAUACUAUCAAGCAUUCUCUUAGUCUUGAUUCUUUUGGUGUGAAGAUAAAGGCAUUUCGAUCAGAUAAUGCUCCCGAGCUAGCAUUCACUGAUCUGUUUACUAAAUUGGGUGUUGUACAUCAGUAUUCUUGUGUACAAGUUCCUCAGCAAAAUUCUGUGGUCGAAAGAAAGCAUCAACACUUACUUAAUGUUGCUCGGGCUUUAUAUUUCCAAUCUAAAGUUCCUAUUCAUUUCUGGUCUGAAUGUGUUCUAACUGCCUGUUAUUUGAUUAAUAGAACUCCUUCAAGGAUUCUUAAUCAUAGUACUCCUUUUGAAAGAUUAUAUAGUAAGCCAGUUUCUUACAAUGUGCUUAGGGUGUUUGGUUGUCUUGCUUUUGUGUCCACAUUAUCUCAGUCUCGAUCUAAGUUUGACCCUCGUGCUCGUAUUUGUAUUUUUCUGGGUUAUCCCACUGGUAUGAAGGGAUACAAACUUCUUGAUAUUCAAACACAUGAGGUUUUUGUUUCCAGAAAUGUGAUAUUUCAUGAAACUAUAUUUCCUUUUGCUGAUAAUCAAAAUUUGAAGGCUAAUCCCUCAGAGAAUCCUUUUCCUGAUGUUGUAUUACCUGUCUCUGAUUUUUCGAAGGCUAUUUUGGAUCCAUAUAUUGAGUCUUUGCAGGAUCUUAAUGCAUCUUCCAGCUCAUGUGAUCCACCAUCAUAA